GCCCAACGCCGAGCGCUACGCCCUGCAGUACGUGGACGGGCGGCAGACCUACAUCACCGAGUUGAACCGUGGGGAGAUUAAGAACGGGAGCAUUUUACAGCUGACCACCUCCCCGGACCAAGAAGCAGAGAGGUUGUACAGUGGGAUCCAGAGCAACAACUCGGAUUUGAAGACUGACUCGCUGAAGAAGCUUGCAAACCUCUCCCAGGAUGUUACCUUUGCUCAAGAGUUCAUCAACAGGAAUGGCUUGAAACAAAUCUUCCAUAUUGUGGAAGAAGGGAAUGACACAGGGCACAUACUAGCUCACACCUUGAAGGCCUUCAUGGAGCUGAUGGAGCACGAUUUUGUUUCCUGGGAGACUCUGAGCGCAGCCUUCAUCAAGAAGAUAGUGAGUUACGUCAAUAUGAACGUGGUGGACACAUCUGUCCAGCAGCUCUCUUUGUCUAUCUUGGAGAACAUGGUACCUACCAGUCGCCUCCUCUUUGAGCUGGUCAAAAAAGAAGUGACACUGGAUCGUCUUCUCACCCACCUGCAGGUGACAAAUGCCCAGCUGCAGCUGAAGGCGAUGGCCCUGCUCAUUGCGUUACUGCUGGCUGCGACUGACGCUGAGCGGCGGGAUAUGAUGGACUACCUGAGGGAGAAGAACAUCAGGCAGUUUAUCCACAAGAACAUCAUCCACAGCUCUGAGCCGCUGGGGGACGAGAUGGCCCAUUACCUGUACGUGCUGCAGUCCGUCAGCCUCAACCUGUGCGAGCGUCGCAUGAGGACCUCCAUGGAUCCCUACUCACAGGAACAGCGGGAGCUCCUCCAGUCGCUGCGCCAAACCGCCUUUGAGUCGGAGAGCGAGGCGCCUGCCAGCAACUUCAGCACCGAGCGCCGGCGAUCCCUGUGUGCCAAGGAGUUCCGCAAGCUGGGCUUCGUGAACAACAGCAACCCAGCAGAGGACCUCCGCCGUGCCCCACCGGGACUCCUUGCCCUCGACAACAUGGUGUAUUUUUCCAGACAUACCCCCAACGCCUACAGCAGGUUUGUCCUCGAGAACAGCAGCCGGGAAGACAAACAUGAAUGCCCCUUCGCUCGAAGCAGCAUCCAGCUCACCCUGAUCCUCUGCGAGAUCCUGCACGUUGGAGAGCCGUGCUCGGAGACGGCUCAGGCCUUUUACCCUAUGUUCUUCGGGCAGGAUCAUUUCUUUGAAGAGCUCUUCUGCAUCUGCAUCCAGCUGGUGAAUAAGACCUGGAAGGAGAUGCGCGCUACCCAGGAGGACUUUGAUAAGGUACUGCAGGUGGUGCGGGAGCAGAUCACCAGGACCUUGUCCCUCAAGCCCACCUCCCUAGAGCUAUUCAAGACCAGAGUGAAUGCGCUGAACUACAGCGAGAUCCUUAAACUGCGGCAGACGGAGCGGCUGCACCAGGAGGAGACGCUGGCUGUGCCCGUGCUGGAGUUGCGCAAGAGGCUGAAGCCAGAGCUCCUGGAGCUGAUCCGACAGCAGCGCCUGCUGCACCUCUGCGAGGGCACCCUCUUCCGCAAGAUCAGCAGCCGCCGCAGGCAGGACAAGCUCUGGUACUGCCGCCUGUCACCCAACCACAAGGUGCUGCACUACGGGGACGUGGAGGAGGAAGUGCACUCUCCCCCCAUCGAAAGCCUGCCAGAGAAAAUUCCUGUGGCGGACAUGAAAAUGCUGCUUGUGGGGAAGGAGUGUCCGCACACGAAGGAGAAGAGCUCUGGGAAGCAGAACAAGGAUGUCCUAGAGCUGGCCUUCUCCAUCGUGUACGAUGUGGAGGAUUACUGCCUCAACUUCAUUGCACCCACCCGGUACGAGUUCUGCCUCUGGACGGACGGGUUGAAUGUGCUCCUGGGCAAGGAGAUGACGAGCGAGCGAACACAGACAGACCUCGAUGUCCUGCUGUCCAUGGAGCUCAAGCUGCGGCUCCUGGACCUGGAGAACAUCAGCAUCCCCGACACCCCCCCUCCCAUCCCAAAGCCUCCCAGCAACUUAAACUUCUGCUACGACUUCAGCCACGCAGAGCAGUGAGUUCCUCCCUGUGCCCUGUCCCCCUUGUGCCCCC